UGCUGCCGGUUGGAGGUGUUUACGCUAGGAGUGAACUGAGUAUUAUGGAUGCACAAGGAAACAAAGGUCCGGAAGUGACUGACUAUAUCGACCACUCCAUGAUGGAGGCGGCCCUGAAGAGGUAUUUGUCGUGUGACACCAUCACGGUGGAGUCCAUCGUGGUGGAACCGGCGAACAAGGCUGGAGCCGGCUACGGCAGCCAGAUGUCCAGGGUGAGGGUCGCCUUCAGGAAGGGUGAAGGAGAGGCGGCUCAGCAGCUGCCUUUGAUCGUGAAGGCCACACUUAGCGCGGCGGAGUGGGAGCAUAUGGGGCAGUGGUACGUGUUCAAGACGGAGGCGCUGGUGCUGGCCGAGGUGAUGCCCACAGCGCACGAGGCUCUGAAACGGGUGGAAGGCGCGUCUUUCCGGCCACUGACGGCCAUGUGCCUGCACCACGGCGCCACACCCAGGGCCUUCCUCGUGCUGGACGACCUCGUAGCUGCCGGCUAUCGAUUGGCGGACUCCGAUCGACCUCUCGACUACCAGCACUGCGAGGUGGUGAUGCGAGCGUACGCGCGCCUCCACGCCGGCACUGCCUACGCGCUCAGCAAGCGCCCCGACUACGGCGUCCAACUCGACAUGGAUUACUUCACCGCUGACAACGCGGAGUUUAUGCUGCGGUCGAUUACGCAGUGUAUGUUUUCUGCUCUCGCUGAUUUCGUGACGAGAGUUCCCAACUAUGAACACUACGCCGCCAAGUAUUUGGGACUCGCAGAUACCUUGUUGCCACUAAUGAGAAAGGCAUUGAAGAAGAAAGUUCAAGAUACUAAACUCAAGGUGCUGGUUCAUGGUGACUGCUGGAAGAACAACAUGAUGUUCAAGUACUCAUCAGGGGAGGUUGUUGAUGUACGCUUCGUAGAUUUUCAGCUAACGCACGUGUCCAGCCCUGCACGCGACCUGGUGUACUUCCUGUACGCGAACGCUGUCGUGGAUGUGCACGAGCGCCUACCUUCACUGCUGGAGACCUACCACUCACAGCUGCAGGCGUCGCUGCGUGCUCUGGGAAUGGCAGCUGCGGCAGACGCCUACCCGCUGGACGAACUGCUCAAGGACAUGGAGGACCUGAACUACUUCGCCCUGUACAACUCCUCCUGCAGUGGUUUCACACUCUCCUCACAUCGCGUCGGGGACAAGUUCUCGCAAGCUAUGCGGGACCUUAAUUUUCAGCCAGACGCAUUCUACGGCAUGUAUGACAACGAGUACUCCGGGCCCUACGUGCAGUACGUCAUACGUCGCUUCGAGAGUAAGGGGCUCCUGUGAAAGACGCUGACUAUACAGUGUGGUACUGUCAUGAGCCAAAACUUGGCAUACCACUUUGUUGUCUGCAACCCAUGCAGAAUGAGCUAAUUGUUAAACUGACCUUCAACCGCAAAGUGUAAUUUCUCAGUUUACCUUCUCACUGGAGGAAGUGGUUUUUUUCCCCUAAAUUAUGAUAACCGUCCUGUUGUUCGCCGCUAAUUGUAUUAAAACAUUCUUUUAUUUCACAUUCACCAUUACUGUGCAAUGUUGGGUAUGAAUCCGUUUUCAAGUGGUAGUACAGUGUAAUCCUAGUAAAUAAUGUUCUUGCGCUUCUAAAUGGUAUGUUACAUCGCAGCUGAUUGACUUGGUGUCAUGUCUGUAGUUGUAAAUUCUGACUAAUAAUCUACAUUUUUACCAAUGUAUGACUUCACGAAUAUUUCCACUGCAACGGAAGCGUGUACAUUUGAUGGUUCAUACUAUACAUACACUUGAAAUAGGUUACACAGCUGGCCGCGGUG